GUUUUUUCGUUCCUUCAUGCUCAUGCUCGUGCUUCGUUCUCACGUGUCUCCUUAAAUAUAUCAUAUCAUCCGAGCUUGCCUCUCUUCUUGUUUCCUUUCUUCUCAGAUCUCUCUUUAUCUCAUCUCCAGCGUUGCCCCCCAAUCAAACAAAACUAGACUCACAGAUCUUUCACUCUCCAACAUUCAUUCAGUUCCCCUUCAGCCACUCUAGAGAGGUUCUGCUUCAAUUGCCACCAGUGACGAACACGCACACUCUCCCCCAGCCUUCGCGACUGCACCUUUUUCUGACCGCGUCAACGUUAAAUCCUCACACAGACCUCCAAAAUGUCCACCUUUCCUGAAUCUCAACCUUCAUCAUCAGAAACCUUACCCACAAACUCACCUUCAGCGUCUCGACUCGCUCCCGUAAAAGAAGCCAUAAAAGCUCUCCUCAAUCAGCCCGACUAUGACGAUGGCAGCGCUGGGCCUGUCUUGGUCCGCUUGGCCUGGCAUUCAGCGGGCACGUAUGAUGCCGAGACGAACACGGGAGGUAGCAAUGGCGCCGGCAUGCGCUAUGAAGCCGAAGGCGGCGAUCCAGCCAACGCAGGCCUCCAGUAUGCCCGGGCUUUUCUCGAACCCAUCAAGGCGUCUUUCCCUUGGAUCACCUACGCCGAUUUGUGGACACUCGCAGCAAUCGUUGCGAUACGUGAGAUGGGCGGCCCCGAAAUAUCCUGGCAAGGUGGCCGGACCGAUUUCACCGAUGACUCUCGAGUGCCGCCACGCGGGCGCCUACCGGAUGGGAGCAAAGGCGCUGACCACCUUCGUUGGAUCUUCUACCGCAUGGGCUUCGAUGAUCGAGAGAUUGUGGCCCUCAGUGGAGCCCAUAACCUCGGAAGAUGCCACAGCGGGCGCUCCGGUUUCGAGGGUAAAUGGGUCAACAACCCAACUCGGUUUUCGAAUACAUAUUUCAAGUUGUUGAAGACGCAUGAGUGGAAAAAGAAGAAGUUGGAGAAUGGACUGGAGCAGUUCAUUUACGUUGACGAGGAUCUUGAUCCAGAGGAACAGGAGGAGGAGACUCUGAUGAUGUUGCCUACCGAUAUGGCUCUGCUGGAAGAUCCUAGCUUCAAAAAAUGGGUGUAUAAAUAUGCCGAGGACAAGGAGUUGUUCUUCCGAGACUUCGCAGGCGUGUUUGCCAAAUUGAUGGAGCUAGGAAUUCAACGCGAUGCCCAAGGAGACGUCAUCAACCAAGAGAAUGUGGAAGAUGGGUAUAGAAGUGCCCCCAAGAAGAGUGAUUCGCCUGGCGUACCGGGGCGAGAUCAGGGCGCCGGGCAGAUUGCGCAUGAGGCUGGCCGAUUGAAGAAGGAAAUGGAGAAAGCAAAAGGUUCGGUGGUGCUCAAGUCGAAGAUGUAAUGUGGCGCUCCAGUAUAGCAUCAUUGGGUUGAUCACGGCGUUUCAAUGGAGCUUUGGCUUUGUCAUGUAGAGAAGGCGUUAAAGAUAUUGGGAUGACUGCAACGAGACUUGUUCUCUGACAAAUUGGUGAUUCCCCCGAUAGAUUAUGAUGGUGCUUUUAGAUUCCAGUUGAGUACUCGUGAUUCAGGUUCGUCAAUUAGAUGGUGUUGUCUCAUUAAUUGCUG